AUGCCUUUAUCAGAUGAAUUAUCUAUUGCUGACUCAAAGCAAAACCGCAGGAACUCACUCUCAUCACAAAGUUCGGAGACAUGUAGAGUUUGUGGUGAUGGUAAUGCCAAGACUCAUUAUGGAGUUGUGACGUGUUUUGGAUGCAAAGGAUUCUUCAGACGAACAUUAAAACGACCAUCUGAAUACCAAUGUCGAUAUAAUGGAAACUGUGUUGUUGAUCGUCAUGAACGGAAUUCUUGUCGGUAUUGUCGAUAUAAGAAAUGCAUUGAGGUUGGGAUGGACCCUAAAGCUGUUCGACCUGAUCGUGAUGCUACAGGAAGGCAUUUUCAAGGAAGACAACGGCGAUCAAAAAUAAAUGCCGAAGAAGAACAGGAAAUAGACACGGAAUGGAUGCGGAAACUGCCUGUUGACAUGAGAACAACGUUAUUACAACUUAUGAAUAUUGAUCUCGUAGUCGGUGGUACGGACGGAGGAACAGAUUCAAAAGUCGUUUAUCCACUUCCAAUCGAUUCAAUUCGUCAUGCCUUGGAAGAUCCAGCCAUUUUGGAUGGCAAGCGAACUGAGAUGAGAUAUGAAGGUUAUCGAGAAAUAAAUCCAAUAGAACUACCUUCAAUCGCUCAUCGAACUCUCAUAGCAGUCAUUGACUGGGUUGAUCAUCUUUUCGAUGCUAUGGAUAUACAAGGACUUGAAGACAAGUUGACGAUGGUUCGUCAUGCUUAUGCGCCAUUAAUGGUUUUUAACUUUUCGUCGAAUACGGCUAGGAAUUGCAAAAAGAAUGAUCUGAUCUAUCUGUGUUCUCAUGGAUACGUUCCUAGGGAUUGCUGCCAAAAAUGGACAGAGCCAUUUCAUUUCGCCAAUAACUUGGCUCCUCAAGCUUUAGAUGACUUGAUCAUUCCUUUAAGGAAAAUGAAUAUGAAAGAAGAAGAGGCUGCUUUAUUAAAGGCUAUUAUUAUUUUAAACCCAAAUCUCAAAUGUCUUUCACUUGAAGCUUCAGAAGCUAUCGCCGAUAUGAGGGAUAGAGUUCAAGAAACUUUGUAUUAUGUUGUACGGGAGACUCAUCCCAAAGAAGUUGCUUCUUCCCGUUUUGGAAAUUUACUUUUGUUCGUGCCAAACGUUAUGAUGAUUGGAAGACAUGUGCUUGAAAAUCUACAAUUUAUUGCAAACUUUGAACAGAUGCAGGAUCAGAUGUUGAAAAGCUUGCUGCAACAAGAGGAAAGUGUUCAAGUGCGACCACAAGAGCUGGAAUACAUUCCGGACGCUGUUCGAAGAAAUUCCGAUCCUCGUAUGUCUCAUUCUGCCUCAUCGUCAUCUGUUGAGUCAUUAAGCAGUUAUCCAAGUAGUAGUAGUAACUCAUACCAGGAGCCGGAGAGUGCCAUACCUUAUAAUUUUUCUUCAAAUUCCCUACCAGCUACACCUAAUCAACUUGAUAACAGUCUGAAUUCAGCGUCAUCAAUGCCUAAUUUAGAGCAAAUGGCUGAUUGUGACCCAGAUUACAAUGUAACUCUGACUCCUGACAUGUUUAGCGAUAUGCGACAGGCCAUGUCGGUUGCUCAUAACAUGGAUACCUCCUGCUUCAAACCCAGUGAGAAUCAAAUGAUUCAGCAGCCCCCUGUCAGCCCAUCAGCUGAACGUCCAACCUUUUAUAUAGAAAGUACAAAACAUAAAUUCGCUGUCACAACAUUUGACGGCUAUCCAAGCGGGAACUACCCUGUAACGUCAAUGACAAAUGGCAUACCAAUGGCAUCGCUUCAUAAUGUAUCUAAUUCUUACAAUCAACUUCCUCAACACCAUACAUCACAAAAUCAAGCAUCACAUCCUCAACAAUCUCAAUCACCUCAAUCAUUACAACAGCAGCAACAACAUCAGCAGAAUGCUUCUCAACAAUCACAACAACAACCAUUAACUAAAACAAAUUCUCUUCCACCAAAUUAUUAUAAUUUCGAUUCAUCACAAUAUAAUUCAAUGGAUUAUGAAGAGAGCUUCUACUGA